AUGGAAUCCAUCCGCGACGCCCUGCAGCCCGUCCUGCAGCCCAUCACGCACAACCUGCCGGCCCCGAUCCGGGACCUGGGGGUUUCGCUGAUCGGCGACAAGUGCUACUCCUCGCUAGUGCUGGACAUCGACGUCGCCGACGAGGGGUGCCUGAAGCUCGCCGUGUCCAAGGCGCUGGGCGUGGGCAUCGUGGCGGCGUCGUCGGUGGUCAAGGUGCCGCAGAUUGUCAACCUGGCGCGGUCGCGCUCCGCGUCGGGCGUCAGCUUCCUCUCGUACCUGCUCGAGACGUCCAGCUACCUCAUCUCGCUCGCCUACAAUGUCCGCAACGGCUUCCCCUUCUCCACCUACGGCGAGACCGCCCUCAUCCUCGGCCAGAACGUCGUCAUCACCGUCCUGGUCCUCAACUAUAGCGGCAGGGCCGGCUUCGCCGCCCUCUUCGUCGCCGCCCUCGCCGGCGCCGUCGGCGCCCUCUUCACCGAGGGCCUGCUUGACGCGAAGACCAUGGGCCUCCUCCAGGCCGGCGCGGGCACCCUCGGCGUCGCGAGCAAGCUGCCCCAGAUUCUGGCUAUCUGGCAGGAGGGUGGUACCGGCCAGCUUAGCGCUUUCACGGUCUUCAACUACUUGCUCGGCUCGCUGGCGCGCGUCUAUACAACACUGCAGGAGGUGGACGACAAGCUGAUCCUAUACAGCUUCGUCGCGGGCUUUGCACUCAACCUCGUGCUCGCUCUCCAGAUGCUGUACUACUGGAACCAGCCAUCCGCCAAGGCGUUGGGAAAGCGGAAAGAGAAGGUCCCGCAGCCCAUCGCGGCGUCCGCCAACAACACUACGGGCUCCUCAACUGCCACUAUCACUCCGAAGAAAGCGCCGACGACGCGCAGGCGAGGAUGA